AAGGAAGAAGAAAUGAGUUAACGAGCGUGGUGUGUUGUUGGUGUCUGUGAAGGAAGGUAGAGAAGAAUGAAGUAAAAAAACAUAACAAAAUUGUUGCAUAUAAUCAUCGUAUUCACUUCAUAAUGGCUACUAUCAUCAUUCUUGGUUCCAUCACCCGCAUGCUCACACCUCUCUUCUAAACCCUACUUCCUUCUCACUCUCACUCACACACCUAUAAAUCCAAAUCACCUUCCUUCCUUUCCCUCACCUUCCCCUCACCACAAAAAACAUUACCUUUUCUCACCAAUGGCAUUCGCAUUCUCAGGUUUCGAAGGCUUCGAGAAGCGCCUCGAGCUUCAUUUCUUCUGUGACGACCCAGCCCUGCUUCAACUGGGUCUCCGAAAGCUCGACUUCGAUUGCAUACACCAAACUCUGCAAGAGGUUCAAUGCACGGUGGUUUCAGCCGUUGGAAACUCCUACUUCGACGCUUAUGUGUUGUCAGAAUCGAGCCUCUUUGUGUACCCAACAAAGAUCAUAAUCAAAACGUGUGGGACCACGCAGCUUCUCAAAUCCAUGACACCAUUGAUCUUCUACGCCCACACCCACCUCGGCCUAACGCUCUCCUCCUGCCGCUACACUCGCGGAACCUUCAUCUUCCCUCUGUCACAACCCUUCCCUCACACGAGCUUCAACGACGAAGUCACCUACAUAGAAGCCACGCUCCCUCCCAACCUGUGCUUCCGAAAAGCCUCCAUCAUGCCCUCCAAGUCAUCCUCCCACGCCUGGCACGUCUUCACCGCCACCAGUGACUCCCACGCGCUCUACCACCACAACUACACGUUGGAAAUCUGCAUGACGGACCUCGACCCCCUACUCGCAGGGAAGUUCUUCCGCCGUCCCGGCGACGGCAGAAGCGGGGACUCGGCCGGGAGGGAAAUGACGGAGCUGACGGGGAUCGACGGGAUUAACCCGCACGCGUUGGUGUGCGACUUCGCGUUCGACCCGUGCGGGUACUCGAUGAACGGCAUGGAUGGGGAGUGGUACUCGACGAUUCACGUGACUCCGGAGGAGGGUUACAGCUACGCGAGCUUCGAGUGCGUGGGGUCGAGGUCGAGUGAGGUGGACGUAGUCCACGUGGUGAGGAAGGUGGUGCAGAUAUUCCGACCGGGGACGAUGUCGGUGUCGACGACGUCGUUGGGGAACGAGGUUUGGAGAAAGGUGGCGGGUGCGGUGGAGCCCAUGGGGAUGAAAUUGAGGAGUUGCGCCAUGGACCAGUUCCCGGAUUCUGGGAGUGUGGUGUUUCAAACGUUUUCGCCGCUUCGUCGGAAAAGUGGACAUUAGAAGUAGUAGUAUGCGGUAGGGUGUAGGGGAAAAUUUGAGGGGUGGUGAGGUGGCAGGAAGUGAUUGGUAUUGGUUGGUUUAUUAUGGUGGUGAAUAUAUUGUUUGAGUGGGGGAAGAAAGAAAGAAGUAACAGAGGAUUCGUUUUGGAAUAGUAAGUAAGUGGUGGAAGAUCAUGAUAAUGCACCCCACUUAGGCUUGUCACGCCUCGGAUUUUUUAGCAUGUUUUAGUGGCUCUAAAAGUGCUCUUUUUUUUUUUCUUUUUUUUGAGGUUAUAUAUUCAUCUUCCUUUCUUCCUUCUCUGUUUUAUCUUUUCGUUAGCAUCUCUACACUCAAAUUAACCACUCUUCAUCAUUUUGUUGAUA